GGAGGGAAGAGAAGGGGGGAGAGAGAAGCGAUCGCGAGAAAAAAAAAAUGCAACCUCCCAAAAUAAAGAGCAAAGAUUGCAUUAGGAGCGAACAGCGCUGCAGAAAUAGAUGGCAGCUUCGUGUCAUUGACUGAAACAAAACAAAACAAAAGGGCCACUGGAUGUCUGCCUUCUUGGGGGGUGAGCCAGACAGACUGACAAACAAACAGACCCAACUGUGCUCGGGGGAGGGUUUCGCCUCCCGUUUUGCCCGGCAGCAGCAGCAUGGACGUGUUGGCUAGUUAUAGUAUAUUCCAGGAGCUACAACUUGUCCACGACACCGGCUACUUCUCAGCUUUGCCAUCCCUGGAGGAGACCUGGCAGCAGACAUGCCUUGAAUUGGAACGCUACCUACAGACGGAGCCCAGGAGGAUCUCAGAGACCUUUGGCGAGGACUUGGACUGUUUCCUCCACGCUUCUCCUCCCCCGUGCAUUGAGGAAAGCUUCCGGCGCUUAGACCCCCUGCUGCUCCCCGUGGAAGCGACCAUCUGUGAGAAGAGCUCGGCAGUGGACAUUCUGCUCUCUCGGGACAAGUUGCUAUCUGAGACCUGCCUCAGCCUCCAGCCAACCAGCUCUUCUCUAGACAGCUACACAGCCGUCAACCAGGCCCAGCUCAACGCAGUGACCUCAUUAACGCCCCCAUCGUCCCCUGAGCUCAGCCGCCAUCUGGUCAAAACCUCACAGACUCUGUCCGCCGUGGAUGGCACGGUGACGUUGAAACUGGUGGCCAAGAAGGCUGCACUCAGCUCCGUAAAGGUGGGAGGGGUUGCGACAGCAGCAGCGGCCGUGGCGGCAGCCGGGACCGUUAAGAGUGGACAGAGCGACAGUGACCAAGGAGGUCUAGGGGCGGAUGCAUGCCCCGAAAACAAGAAGAGGGUUCACCGCUGUCAGUUUAACGGGUGCCGGAAAGUUUAUACAAAAAGCUCCCACUUAAAGGCCCAUCAGAGGACUCACACAGGUGAGAAGCCUUACAAGUGCUCGUGGGAGGGCUGCGAGUGGCGUUUCGCACGAAGCGAUGAGCUCACAAGGCACUACAGGAAACACACAGGUGCAAAGCCCUUUAAAUGCAACCACUGCGACAGGUGUUUUUCCAGGUCUGACCACCUUGCCCUCCAUAUGAAGAGACAUAUCUAAAAAACCGAAAGGCCAGAGUUGCCAUGGCGUCAGCCGAUGUCGGAAGCAAAUGCCGUGAGCAGGGGGCUGGACUUCAGGCGGGGACCCAUUGCCUCGCAGAAGAAAGUUCUCACUUAUAAACCUCUGUGUACACACACACAUACACGCACACUCACACGCAGACCCCCCACACUGUCAUGCACUCAACUAUAUUUAAAAUAUAUACGUCUAUUCGUUAUGCCUUGCCCUAGCCAGAUGGUGGAAGACGAAGAAGGAGACCAGGUGAACUCAGCAAGGCAGACUGGCUGCUCACUUCAGCACGAUUGGAAUUAUUUCCCGCUGUUGCCAAUGGAAAUCAAAGAAAAUGGAUGUGACGUCUCUGCAGGUGGACGGCAGUCCGAGGGGCUUAUUUAACUUGCCUCCCAGUGCAACUUGAUAGGAGAAUCCAACGUCUUACAGUUGCAUAUGUGUAGCACUAAUGUUUCUUUUCUAAAUAGUUGGGGGAAAAUGACCUAGAAAACCAAAUUGCAGUUUGGUAGCCAAAAUUAACUCUUGGUUUAUUUGUCCUUUGUGUGUGAAAAGUCCUACUAUUCCAUGCGUCAGACUUCCUCACAGAACUGUCGAUGGGUUUUGGUUCUUCUUAGUACUAUUGAGAUCUUUCGCGUCGAUCCCAACGGCCUUAGCGGCGGCAGACUCUGGAAUAACACCUUAUUAUACCUUUCUGGCCUGCAUUUCUCUAGACUUCACUCUCAAGGGAGGAGUUUUCUUUUCUUACUUUUUGACUCUUGCACACCAUAUGCACUAGGGAUUCUGGAAACUUCUAGCAUGACUGCAAAGUGGCCAAGAGAAUAAAGUCCUUGAUGAUAAAUCACAGUAUAUCCCUUGAGCCUCACCUUAUUGCCAGUGCUAGAUUUUUUCUUUUUAAUCUCUCUGUUUUUGCUAACGAAAACUUGAAAAGCUUAUUUGGAAGCUUAGAUGUUUUAUCUUUUCUCCAUGGACUAAAAGCUCUCCAGGACUCUCCGGGCACCUGGAUGUCCAGCUCUCGAAGCAGCCGAUCAGAUGGGACAUCACAGUUCUCUCGUCCUCCCUGAGGCAUGAUGAGCUCAGCUCGUGGUGAUCAACCACUGUGCUGUGUGUCAUUGCCACCCCAUAACCAGUUACGGCGUAGAUGUCGCUAGUGUCAGAGGGCAGCUGCGUAUUUAAUCUAACUCUGGGUUAUGACCUGACAAAAAGCCAAAAAUAUCACUCUUUCCAGGAGUGGGGAAAACUGAGGAUGCCUCCAAGUCUAGUGGCUUCACAAAACAUCACCCAAUCUUCCUCUCUCAUACCCACUGAGCUCAUAUUACCCCACUUGUUAUGAUACACAAUUCAAAAUGCCAUUAUGGUAUCGAAGGGUUGACAUUUAAGGAAAGGGUUGAGGUGUUUCUCUCAUGGGCUGUCUAAAAGGAAAGACAUGUCUCUUAUUUUUUUUGUUUGUUUGUUUGUUUGGUUUUUUGGCUAGGCCCACCACGACGCGCGACCUAGAAUACCCAGGAUCAAGAGAGGCCUCACAUUCACUCUGCAAGCUGACUCCAAGGGGGUCUGCAGUCCUUGUCAUACCACACACACACACACCCAACACUGGUCUCUAUCUACCCGCAUUCCUAGCUAGCUGGCACUGGCCUCAACUCCAAAGACUGCCUUUAGGACCAUCAAAUGGCCUAUGCAAGCAAGCGGGGUGGUUAUUAGGACAGAUUGUAUAUUUUGUAUAUUCUGGGACCAUCCCUUCAAGACACGUCUAAAACACAAAAAUGGCAUUUGGUCCGCACAUGGUUGCUGCUUCUCCCUACCAGCUGGCUCUCUCCUGUCCUCCUUUGACUGUUUGACUCAUUGACUGUUAAAAUGCCACCCCAUACAUAUUUGGGAUGCAAAACUGAAGUCUUUAAAAGGAAAUAAUCAUAUAAGAAACACAAACACAUAUAUGACAGCAACCUUCAAGAUCCUUGGCAUUUGGGUUUUUCAGCUUUCUGCAACCUUUGCUUUCACUGAAAUGUCGAAACUACUCGUCUGAGGGUAAAGGAACCUCCUUAUCACAAAUGCUGUAGCUGCCAAUUGGACACUUGGGGCAUUUUGAGGUCUGGCCCUAAGAAUUUUCUCUCUCUUUUUUCCUUUUUUCAAUUUAGACCAAAAAAAACAAAACAAAACAAAAAAAGAAAAAAAAGAAAAAAAGAAAAGAAAAGAAAAAAAAACACCCCAAACACACACAUAAAAUCUGUCCAUUUGCCAGAGGCAAUUAUGUAUAUGUUAGUUGGAGGGUAUUAAAAAAAUCCAUUUUAUUCCAAAGAUUUAAAACUAGACAUGACUUAGAAACAAUUUCUGGAGCACUGCUUGCUGACAAUCUCGUAGUUCUCUACUGCAUUUGAGUGCAUUUUGUGGCCAGUCCAUCAGGGCGUACCAUGGGAUUAUAUUUGAAUGUGUGGUGCAUCCUUCCCGGAUGAAGGAUGUGUGAGGAACCUUGAACCUCAGCUGUAUUAAACUGUAGCGCCUCCAGUCAGUGCACUAGAUGAAACUUUAGAUACCCCAAGUUUUGUUGGUUUAUUUUCCUUUCUCUAGCAGCCUCCAGCAUGAAUGCACGCACACACCAGUGAUGGCAUUGAGCCGUGGCUGCCAUGAUUUGCAAAUGUUCUCUCCCAAGCUGGAGCUGCUCUUGCCUCUCGAAAUGCUAUUAUUAAGGGUUUAUAAUACUUAAUUUAAUUUUUGAACUGACCAAUGCAAGGCUCUAUUAAAAAGAAAGUUUAAAAAAAAGAAAGAAUGCAAAAGAGUAAUCAUUGCUUGUUUGCUCCCUAUUGUCAUCUGUGGUCUCAUUUGAAUGUGGCAGAACAAAGACCCUUUGGUCCUCAUCAGUGUCUGAAAUGUUUGGUAACUUCUCUCUCUUGUGUGUCAGUGAGGUCCUUUGUAAUUUGCUCCUGAACUUCCUCAGAGCAGGGUGCACUGGAGCUCCAUGGUGGUGCUUGCUUGCUUCAGAGGCAUUUAUUGACUGUGUGAAUUGGCCCAAGAAUUUGGUGGGUGCUAAGUGGUUGGCUUUGAAACUGUUCUUCUUUAGUCCAGAUGACACCUGAGAAUGAUGGUCACUCCUAACCCUGGGGUGGGGGUAGCCUUGAUCAUUCUGGGAAUGGAUUUGUGAUAAAAUGUCCAUCACCUCUGAAAUGAUAGAGAUGGUUGCUAAGAGCCUCUGGAGGAAACAGGUUUUCCCAGAAAUAUCCUGAAGACAUUUUGCUCCAAAGAGGGCUGGUUAUUUUUAAAAGUACCUGCAUGGACAUUUGACACACGUGUUUAAGUUGUUGCCUCCUAACAUUCCUGGGGACCCCAGAUUUGAAAGAACCCAGUCUGGUGUUUCUUGUGGUUGUCCUCACAAGUACGCCUUAUCCAGGGUUCAGAGUUGGACGUAUAGAAAAAGAGUUUCUAAGCCAGGGACAGUUUUCUUUAUUUCAAGUCAUACUUCUUUCUCCUACCACAUGGCUGUACGUCAGAGACAUGGAAACCUGAAAUCGUAAUGCUGCUCCUAGUUACUGGCCUCCUGCCCCUCAAAUGGUUCAUUGGCUCAGCUUAAUACCUGGUGGUGAUGAGUAUUAUGUCGAGAAAAAGAGAUGUUCAGAUUCCAUGACAAAGCUGCAUUUUGUAAAAACAUUGGCAACCCCCAAAUGAACUUCAUGCUCACUUUUUCCUCCUCUCUAUGUGCUUUCCCUUGCAACACCCUUCAAAUGCUCCUUUCUCUCGAGGCCACCUCCUCCCCACCUGCACCUCUUGUGCCCUUUCGCAUCUUUGAUUGCCUGAUUAUAACAGGGUAAAAAGACAGCCAACCUCAUGCAUGAUUAGUAGAACUGAUUCCUAGCUUUAAAAAAUCUUCUUUGAAGCCAGAGAAGAUUUUUUAAGGACUUUAGUUUGGGAUCCACUUUCCAGAUUAUCAAAGGGGAAAUAAAUGGCACUUUUGGGUGGCUCGUCUAGUGCAUUCGGGAACAUUCUGCCUCUAGCUCCGCUCCUGCUUUCUACCAUAAAGCCAAAAGAAGGAAACUCAAAUUGCAGGAACAACAAAACUGGAUGAUUAGUUUUGGUGGUCCAAAAUGAUUUCGUCAAUGGAAGUCACUUCGUAAAAUGUAGAAUCUAGUGGGAAGUGCUUUUGUCUUUUCUCACGUGAGUUAUUUUUAGGAGAAGGUAGGGCAAAGUCAGAGAGCUUCAGUACAUUUAAAUACAAAAAUCAGGUUUGUUCUUCCUUUCUUUAAAAAAAAAAUCUUACCAUGGUCAGCAUUUCUGGCUGCAAUUUUGCACUCAGAACAUUGCCAAAGUGAACAUCCAGUAAGUAGAACCUGGUUGAAAUUUACUCCUGGAGGCUUCCCCUUGUAUAGUCUGGAAGUGGCCAUCUGUCGAGCGCAGGAGUUGGGGGGUGUGGGACAGGAGGGGAGGACUUGCAUUUUGGGUGUCUGGAUUAAAGUUCGGUAAACAUGGUGAUAUCUCAGUUUGAAAACUAGAGGUCCUAUUCUGAGUAUACAUCAAUGCCUUUUUGAUGGCCUACUUUCCUCAAUGAGGAUCUUUGGGAAUACUUGAGACGGAACAACAGAAAUGUGUCAAAAGAAGCAAAAACUGCUUGUAAAUAACGUGGCAACCCAUGACUAACUGCCUGAGGCUUCAGGGUUUUCUCUUGCUUUUAACACUCUCUUAAAUCUCCUCUGUUGGUUCCUAAUAGAUCCCAGAAAGGGGAAAAAAUAAAGCUGCAAUUAACUUUCUCAUGUGCAUCCUUCCAGUAUAGUACUGUAUUCUGCAGGUGUUUUGCAUUUACAUAAAAGUCCUCGGGGAAACAGGUAUCAAAAAUGGCGAGAAAUCCCGGGCCAUCCCUUUACAAAUAUCCCAAACAAGAUACUCUUUUCACACAGGGCUCCCUCUCAGUGGUCAUGAGGGAAAGUUGAUACGUUCUUUGGUGGGGACUGUUUAUACAAUUUUUUUUUCAACUGUGAGCUUUGGAAUCGUAUAUCGCUUUGACUCCAGCUUCUGUCUACUGCCAUAACAUGGACCCCACGUCAGAAUAAUGAGGGUGGUAUGUCUGCACACACCUAGACAGGUGUGCAUAUGUACCUGCUGUACCUUCGCAGAAGGAAAACAGGCUACUGACGUUUCACAGGAGUAGCCACCAGUGCCUAAUACCUUUUUGGGGGGAUGGAUGCUUAUAAUUGCCAGUAUAUUGAAACCACACUGGGAGUUCCACAUAGAGGGGAGGGGCAGGGGGUGGGGAGAGGGGACAUUUUAAUCCUAGGCCUUUGGACUGGAGGCAGAAUGAUUUCUGCACACCUAGGUCCUGAAGGCUUUGGGGCUCAUUGGCUGGUUCUCAACCUCUUUUUUUUUUUUUUCUUCCUAGCAUGCAUUUCCUAUCUAAACCCAGACUUAGUUUAAUUUCCUUAUCUUUCACUUCUGCUUCAUUCCAGGGAGGAAAAAUACACCUGUUAUGGCCAAGAUCUCCUUGCUAACACACAGAGGCAAAAAUAAAUGUUUAAUGUUUUUGAAGCCUCCCCUUCCUUUCCACAGCCCCCUCCCCCAAGCUCCUUCUCCCACUUCCUCGUCCACCACACAACUUCCCAGCCACCAUGACUUUCCUUUCACAAAUCUAUUUUAUCCUCUUAGCCGCUUGAAGAAAUUUAUUUUUGCACUAUACAUUUUCUUUUUGCCAGACGUGUCUAACAAGUGUGUUUGGAGAGACCUACUCCCAGCCCCUCCCCUCCCCCACCUCCCCCCGUCACAUUCUCUCAGGCCUUCUCUGGUAUUUAUAAUAUAUCACAGAAGUACCCAGUCUUAUAGCCCUCGGUUAUGCCUUUUUUUGACAUUUUAUUUUUUUUAAGCUUUUUAUAUAUAUAUAUAAAUAUAUUACUUUGUCAAGUUUUUUUGCUGUACAAAAGUCUUAAGAUUUAAAACUAUUAUUUGUAUUAUAUGAUGGUGGUAUGUUAAUGUUACAAAAUUAUUAAUGAAGAAAAAAUUUAUUUUUGUUACUGGUCUGUUUCAUAAUUCUUUUUUAAAUUGGUAUAUUGUAAGAUAUCUAUGCAAAAAAAUGUUAUGUGACGCAUUUUUAUUUAAGAAUGUAAUAUGUGUAAUAAACAGUAGAAUGUG